ACAUAUUAACCAGCAUCAUCUUAGUUAAUUUAUUAAUUUACUAGACCUACUAUUGACCAAUAAUAACUUGUGUUUGGGUUGACUAAUCACUUAUAUUAUUAGGCCAAAAAAACAUGAGAAAGAGGAAGAAAUAAAGCACAGAACAGAAUGAACAAGGGAUGAAGAGGACGAUAAACACAACUGUCUGGUCCACAAGGCUGAAUCUCAAAUAGCAUCCUAUUCCCUAUGUAGUGCAGAUAAAGAGAAUAUGGUGCCAUUUGUUUCACAUCCCAAUAGUCUACAUCUUAUUGGUGGAUAGAGACUUGACACAUUCUAACACCUAGAGCCUUCUUAUUGGUGGAUAGAGACUUGAAACAUCAUGUCACCAGCUGUGGGCCACAGACAGAGAACAGAGAAGUGCAGGAUUUAGACACAUCAGACCAACUACUGCUCAGUCAGUUAGAAAGGUAAUCAUACAGUAGAUAUUACCAUUAGGAGUCAGUUAGAAAGGUAAUCAUACAGUAGAUAUUACCAUUAGGAGUCAGUUAGAAAGGUAAUCAUACAGUAGAUAUUACCAUUAGGAGUCAUUUAGAAAGGUAAUCAUACAGUAGAUAUUACCAUUAGGAGUCAGUUAGAAAGGUAAUCAUACAGUAAGUUAAUACAGUAAGUAAGAAUCAUAAAUAUUACAAUAAGAUGUCAGACAGACUUAAUUAGUUGAUUUAUGGAUUGAUUGGUUUAUUCAUUGAUAUCCGGUACGGUUAGUUAAGAUGGCCGAGUAUGUCAACAAAGAGAUGAUUGAAUUGAACAAAGUUACUGAAGAAAACCGGAAGAGAUUAACGAGGAGCAUGAAGACUGAAACCCAUCUCUCAGCGAGUGUGUGUUCCUCUGCAGAUGGAAGACUUAGACCCUACAGGCUGGCUGCUGGGUGUUUAGGAGUGCUGUGUGUUCUACAAGUCACUCUCAACAUCUCCCUGAGGCUGGCUUUCUCUGGCUCUAACGAAGAGAGAAACCAGUUAAAGGCUUGUUACAACACCACCAGCCUGCCGCAAGACAGAGACCAGUCAGAUACCAGUAGUCGUGUCAUUAACCUGUGUACAGAAAGAGACCAGCUGCAGAAGGAGAGAGACCGGUGCCGGAAGAACAUGAACCAGCUAGAGAGGAUGAGAGGCCAGUUACUGAGGGAGAGAGACCAGUUAGAGAGUGAGAGAGACCAGUUACUGAGGGAGAGAGACCAGUUACUAAAGGAGAAAGACCAGGUACUUAAGGAGAGAGACCAGUUACAGAGUGAGAGAGACCAGUUACAGACUGAGAGAGACCAGUUACAGAGUGAGAGAGACCAGUCAGAGAAAACAGAUGACAAAAUACAGUUACAGGAGCGUAAUAAUGCCCUGACUAAAGACAGGGACAUGUUGAGAGACAGGGUCAGUGUUCUGACCAAUGAGAAGGUGGCGCUGGAGAAGAGGCUCUCUGUGAGUGAGCUAAAUAUUUGUCCGAAAAUCUGCAAUUCUUGUCCGGAGGGUUGGAGGCUGUUGGGAUCCAGCUGUUACUUCCUGUCAACUCAGAGGAAAACCUGGGAAGAGAGCAGACUGGAUUGUAUGAACAGAGGAGCAGACCUGAUGAUCAUAAACAGCGAGGAGGAACGAAAGUUUCUCUGUGGCCUCAACAAGAUUGUCUGGAUUGGUCUGACUGACUCCGUUACUGGGAGGACAUGGAAAUGGAUGCAUGGCACACCACUGACCACGGCAAGGUAUUGGGAGGAGUGGAGGCCCUUAUGGUGGUGCAGUGCAGAACUGUGUGGUGAUACGUUACUGGUCAUCAGGAUACAGAGAAUGGUGGGACUAUCAGUGUUCAAAUCCACAGUACUGGAUGUGUGAAAAAGGCUCUUUGUAGGUACUGCUGUUGAAGGAACUCUGAAGACGGAUUCUAUAUUUUGUUAGAAUGGCACUCUGAACUAGACGUUGGAAAGAAAGGCACACACACACACACACACACAAGCAUGCACACAUACAAAACAAAUGAGGUAUAUAUCACCCAAUAGCUGCUGUCAAUGUUUAAAUGUCCAGUUCAUUAUGUAGCAUUGCAUGUAGGCUGUACACAAUUCUCUCUCUCUACCUCUACCUUUCUCAUGUUGAUGGAUGUUUACACUGUUGAAAGGUUACGUGAUGAUUCCACCUAGUGGUUAACGUGAGAGAUGGACUCACCAUAGAGUUGAAAAAGUGGUAUUACAGACUGGCCUACUGGCUUUUCCUCAAUUCAUCCUUCCUCGAUUACUCCUCGCAUCCUCUCUCCUCUUUCUCAAAACACAUUGGAGAAUACAUUCCUUGGGGAGGGACCUUCUCCUCUAAUAGGGGUGAGGAGGAGAGGAUUUUAUGUUAAGAUUUAGAUGAGUGUGUAGACAUACUCUGCUCUAAAAUGCUUGUAUUCAUUGUUUUUAUUAGCAACAUGUCAUGUGAUUUGCCAUGCUUCCGCUAAGUCCAUUAAUCAAUUUUCUCUAUUUUUUUCAUGAUCGAUUAUUAUCAUCAAUCCCUUUUUUAAUGAGAAGAACAAAGGCACAGAUUAAUAAAUAAAUGAACAAUGUCCUCUGAG